CUCUGCUUCAAUGACAUACAACGACAUAUGGUUGAUUGUAUAAAAUUCUUGUGGAGUACUGAAGGAGGAAAUUGUUUCCAGUGGAAAAUAUCAAUAAAAACUUACGUAAACCAUGGAAUUGUUGUCCUCCACAAGGAACUGCAUUAAAUACUUGCAGUUUGUGCAACCAGGCAUGCUGACACCGGGUGUACAAUCUUUGGUACAGAGCCAGCAGGUUCGUCACCGGCAAACGAAGCAUUGGAAUCCGAAAUUCAAACGGCUACGCAAGUUGAAGUUUGUCAAAAUGGACCUACCCGACUUCCAGGAGAAAGCCAGUGAAUUGCCACAGGAUGAGUUGAAGAAACGCAUGAAAGAACGAGGUUUUCUGCCACCACGUCCGUGGUUGGAAAGACCAUUCCAUAUUAGUUGUACGGGUGGUAUUUUCGAGGCUUAUGUUCCGCCAGAAGGUGAUGGCAAAAAAUCGUUCAUUUCCACUGCUGGUGCCAAGCAAAAGUUUGAGUUUUUGGAAAAGAAAUCGAAAAGUAUGUUGGCUGUGCGCAAGAUACGUACCUAUGAAGAAGAUUUCGAUACCGAUAACUUCCCAACCAUUGCCCAAGAUAUUUACAUUGCUGCCCACAAAUAUAUGGCUGAUAAGGAUAAACACAAUCUACGAGAAUUUGUUACCGAACGUUGUUAUCCCGAAAUGAUGCACAAUGUUAAGGAUAAAACCAUACGUUGGACAUUCCUCAAGUCAUUGGAGCCACCACGUAUGGUGCAUGCUCGUGUGACCGAUGUUAUUUCCAAAGAAAAUCUCUUUGCCCAGGUCACAGUACGUUUCCAUACACAACAAAUGUUGGCCAUCUAUGAUCGUUUUGGACGUCUUAUGCAUGGUAGUGAAAUUCUUACCAAAGAUGUUCUGGAAUAUGUUGUCUUUGAAAAGCACAUCUCCAAUGAAUAUGGUCGCUGGCGUUUGCACGAUAAGAUCAUACCCGAUUGGUUGCCACCUAAACAGCCAGCUCCUAUUACAUACCAAUUGAUUGAGGAUACAGUAGAAGAGGUUGCAGCUGAACCUAAAAAAUUGGAGGAGGGUCAAAAGAAGUUAGAGGGUGGGGAAAAUGAACAGGUGCAAGUGGCAGCUACAGCUGCUGCUGCAUCAUCAACAGAAUCAACAACGAAACCAAAUGCUACGGCCAUUUGAUUAUAUUAUUUAUUGUUGGGUUGGCGCUUUAAGCGUUUACGUUUGAGUACGGUUUAAUAAACAUUUUAUUAGUUAUACUUUUUGUUGUUUUUAAUUUCCUUCUUUGGUUUUAUAUACAAAUGAGAAAUUGUUGUUGCAUUUGUAUAAUUAUCUUUGGUUUGUUUUUCAACCCAACAAAAUUAUGUAUGAUUUCGUAAAAUUUUUAGAAACGUUUUAGAUUCUCCUGUAUUUGCAGGAUUUUGCAAAAGUAUAGAACUAAUGUUAAUAUCAUACCUAACAUUUAAUUAUGUGUUACAUGAAAAUUUGAAGAAUAAUAGCCAAUUAUUAAACUGGCAUCAAAAUAUAUACAACUUUCAUGUUAAGUUAUUGCCAUUCACUUUAAAACCAUUACUUCAUCCAGUCCUUAAUAAUACCACAUCCUUGAACAUUUCCCACUUUUCCCCCAAAACGUUGUUAGCACUACGUAAUCCAUCAUGUGUUGUUUAUGGCCGAAAGCACUAUUUCAUUUAUUAUUUAAGCCAAACAAACAACAAUACCAUACCAUAUAGUAAUAGGAAUAAUUAAAGAAUAUAAAGAAGGAAUAUUUUACAACUCAUUUGUGUGGUUGAUGUUUAUGAAGGACUCUCCUCUGUGUGAGAGUUUUAUAACAUUAACUACUACGCCAUAAAGAUAUUCAUGAGGUGUUGAAGAAGUACUACCACUUAAUAUUGUUGUAAUAAACAAGUUAUAAAAUUAUUUUUAA